AUGGGAGGGUGGUGGGGAUUGGGGGUGUUUAUUCGGGGGGAGAAGGCGGCGGCGAAGGAGGUGAGGAGGGGGUUCGUGGAGAGGUGCGGGGUGAUAGUGCGGCUGAGGUACCGGAACGUUGUGAGGGUGUUGGGGUGGUGCGAUAGCCGGAGAUUUGUGGCGGUGGUGAUGGAGUGGAUUGAUGGCGGUGGCGGCGGGAGGAGGAGGAAUUUGGGGAUGUGGAUUAGGGAUUGUGUACCGCCGUGGAAGCAGAGGGUACAAGCGAUCGCGGGGAUCGCUGGCGCGGUUCGUUAUUUGAGUGGGGAAUGCCCUCAAAUUGGGUAUAGUCUUAGGGCGGGAGAUGUGGUGGUAUCGAAAAACAGAGAUCCGGUUAUAACUAGAUUUGUAUUCGACGAUGACGAUGACGACGACAACGAUAGUAAUGGUGAUCGUUGCUGUGCAAAGAGUGAGUUGAAAUAA